UGCAGGCAAUUUUUUUAUCUACUAUAUCUAGCGGAUUCAGUGACCGUUAAGCGGGCAUUGACGGCACGCAUUAAUACGGUUACACUUAUACAUCUUCAGAAUCUUUCAGCUAUCAAGACGUGGCAGUGGCGCACAGCAGUUGGAAAAAAUGGAAGACAAAUAUCAGGAUGCGGUACAAUUUGAACAUCUAGACGCUUCAGUAAAACAAAUUGUGAACAAAGCAAAGGAAGUACGAGAAAAAGCAUAUUGCCCGUACAGCAAUUUUUCGGUGGGUGCUGCAUUGUUGUGUGGCGAUGGAGAAAUAAUUGAUGGUUGCAAUGUUGAAAAUGUUUCAUACGGUUUAACAAUCUGUGCAGAAAGAUCUGCUAUAUGUAAAGCUGUUUCACAAGGACAGAAGGUUUUCAAGAGCAUAGCAAUUUGUGCUGAGAUGAAAGAACAUUUUGUUAGUCCUUGUGGAGCGUGUCGCCAGGUACUAGCUGAGUUUAACAUCAAUAUGGAUGUCUAUUUGUGCAAGCCAAAUAACGAAAUCUUUAAAACAUCAAUGGAUAAACUACUGCCGCUAUUUUUCUCGCCGAACUCAGUUUCGUUUUCGUCACAAUAAGAUCCAAAGAAUAACAUAUAAAGCACAAGUAUGAAAUAUACAUGUAUUUUUUUCAUGCGAAAAAUAAAAACGUCGCUGAAAAUCA